AUGCAUGCUAUAGAGCACCGCCAGUAUGCUAUUCUUCAACUGCUAUUAUUGGAUCCGCGAGUAGAGCUCAACGUGGAGAACAAUGUUGGGCAAACCCCUCUGCAUUUUGCUGUUAGCAAGGAGGACUAUUUGUCCGUUCAAAUCCUGGUCCAGGACCAGCGGGUAAAUGUGAACUACCCUAACUUCGGAGGCGACACCCCCCUAUUGUUGGCUGCCCGGAAAUUCAGUGAUCAUAACUCCACCAGACUCGUUGAGUCUCUCCUUCUCAGUUCAGAUCUCAACGUGAAUUACCAAGACUUCAAUGGUCGCACAGCUCUUUGGCAUGCUAAUGGUCUGAAGCUCAAUACGGCUGAUAGAUGGGAUGUAGCGCCAAUAGCUUGUGCAGCCGAGGCUCCGUUCUUCAGCGCUGCCUAUCUCUUGUUGCAACAACCUGGCAUACAGCUCAAUGCACAGUCUCGACGAGUGAUACCCCCACUAUGGUGA